AUCAUCCCGGGCAGAGUUGUAAGAGGGAGCUCGCUUCGCUUCUCUCCUCGGCUGUUGUUGCGUCUCACUUGGAUAGGAGGACUGUUUGUGUCGGCGUCCCAAGAUGAACCAAACCGCCACCGUAUCUCAUCAAGUUAAAUGCCAGUCUACAAAGGCCAUCAAGGACCUUGGUGGGGUGAGUCCUCCUCAGAGGAACUGGAAGGGUAUUGCCAUCGCUCUGCUGGUCAUCCUGGUGGUCUGCUCCCUCAUCACCAUGUCAGUCAUCCUCCUCACACCAGCUGACAACCAAGCCGGAAGUGACACCAAAUUGACUGUUGAGGAUCUCUUUAAACCUGAGUUCAAGGUCCAUGACCCGGAGGCUAAUUGGAUCAAUGACUCUGAAGUUAUCUACAGAAACAGCGAUGGCCACGUCAUCAAGUUCAACAUCCUCACAAACGAAACAGAGAUUGUUUUGACAAACACAACGUUUGUAAAUUUCAAUGUGGCAAAGUAUUCUGUGUCCCCUGACCUGAAAUAUGUACUCUUCGCUUACGAUGUGAAACAGGUUUACCGUCAUUCCUACAUGGCCUCCUACAGUAUCUACAAUAUUCACACACGGGAGGUUUGGGAGCUGGACCCCCCUGAGGUGGCGAAUUCGGUCCUGCAGUACGCUGCGUGGGGAGUGCAAGGCCAACAACUGCUCUACAUAUUUGAAAAUAACAUCUACUACCAAUCAGAUGUCAAGAGUAACUCCCUUAGGCUGACGUCCUCGGGGAAGGAAGGGGUCAUCUUCAAUGGGAUUGCUGACUGGCUCUAUGAAGAGGAGAUCCUUCAGACCCAUGUGGCACACUGGUGGUCACCUGAUGGAGAGAGGUUGGCCUUCCUGGUCCUUAAUGACAGUCUGGUACCCAACAUGGCUUUACCCCGCUUCACUGGCAUGACAUAUCCCAAAGGAAAGCAGUACCCAUACCCCAAGGCCGGCCAACCCAACCCGGCGGUGAAGCUCUAUGUAGUCAAUCUUUACGGGCCGACGCACACGCUGGAGCUCAUGCCUCCAGAGAGCCUGAAACUACGGGAACAUUAUGUGACAAUGGUGAAGUGGAUCAGCAAGACCAAGACAUCUGUCAGGUGGUUGAACCGGUCCCAGAACAUCUCCAUCCUGACUGUGUGUGACACCACCACCGGAGCCUGCGUCACGAGACUUGAAGAAAGCUCCGAGCUCUGGCUUUCCAAGCAGAACCAAGAACCGGUGUUCUCCAAAGACAGCAGCAGAUUCUUCCUGACUGUCCCGGUCAAACAAGGAGGACGUGGAGAGUUUCAUCACAUCGCCAUGUUCACCACACAGUUCAGAGCAGAUCAAAACGAAGUCCGACAUCUAACAUCAGGGAACUGGGAGGUGACGAAGAUCAUCGCCUACGAUGAAAACACUGACAACCUUUAUUUUCUCAGUACAGAGGGUUCAUCACGAAGGCGGCAACUUUUCAGUGUGAAAACCGUGGGUCUGUUCCCACGACGGUGUUUAACAUGUGAGCUAAAUAAAGCUCACUGUCUGUACUUCGAUGCCGCCAUCAGCCCCACAAACCAGCACAUCAUCCUCCACUGUAAAGGUCCUGGAGCACCUACUGUGAUCUUACACAGCCUCAAUAAUUCAAAUUACUACAUCCUUGAGAACAACUCUUUGCUGAAAGCAGCCUUGAAGUACAAAAGGAUCCAGCUGACUGACUUCAGAACUGUUCAGAUGGAACAUUUUGAUUUACCUUUGAAGAUCUCCUACCCACCAGACUUUUCUGAUUCACGUCACUAUGGACUACUGUUGCUGGUUGACGGCUCCCCGGGUGGUCAGGCUGUGAGUGACCGCUACGCUGUCAGCUGGGACUCUGUACUGGUCAGCUCUGAUAACAUCAUCGUGGCUCGUCUGGACGGCCGGGGCAGCGGCUUCCUGGGCCAGAGGAUCCUGCAUGAGGUUCAUCAGAGACUGGGGACCGUUGAUGUUCAAGACCAGAUUGCAGCAGUAGAAUACAUGAUGAAAUUUCCAUAUAUUGAUCAGACACGGAUAGCAGUGUUUGGAAAGGGUUAUGGAGCCUACCUAACAUUAAUGAUGCUCAAGUCUACAGACAGUCUGUUUAAAUGCGCCUGUGCGAUGUCACCAGUGACAGACUGGAAACUUUACGCAUCAGCAUUCUCUGAGAGAUACCUUGGCAUGCCAUUACGGGAUGACAGCAGAUAUCAGUUCUCCAGCGUGCUGCAGAAUGUUCACGCACUUAGGGAGCAGACGCUGAUGCUGGUGCACGGCACAGCAGAUGCCAACAUCCACUUUCAGCAUACUGCUGAGCUCGUCAAGAACCUUGUGAAAGUUGGAGCAAACUAUUCAAUGCAGAUCUACCCAGAUGAGGGCCAUUUCCUGUCUCAGCAGAGUCGCCAGCACCUGUACGCCACACUGACCAGCUUCUACAGAGAGUGUCUGAAGGAGGAGUUACUACCACUGCCCGAUGAGGAGGAGGAAGAGGAGGAGUAAGCGGGAGGCUUUGAGGGUCAGAUCUUUGGCAGAGCUUGAAGAAUUUUGCUAAAAUCCGUCAAGGCCUUUCGCGUUUGGACCAAGUGUUUAGCCAGACAUGGACACUGGGUUAGAGCUGCUAAUGCUCUUAAGCGUGUAUGUAUGUAUGUGUGUGUGUGUGUGCGUGUGUGUUACCCUUGUAUGUGUGUGAGCACUACAAUGUGUGACCGUGUAUGCCAGUGUAUAAAUGUGUUGAAAAGAUAAGUAAAGGACACAGUUGACGACAGUGACACUUGCAUUGCCGGGACUCGAGGCAGGAGCUGCCCUCUAGCAUAAAGUCAUUACAGUUUCGGGGCGCUCCGUUUCUCGGCAAAGCACACGGAAGACUGCCUCCAUUUAUCGCCGGCUCUUUGGGCUGUAGUCAUCCACACUUACCAAGUGCAUGGUUCUUUUUCCCCCUCUUGGCUUCACUCAUUUUGCCAUGUUAGUCUCUUUUGUGGUAGCACUUGGGAAGAGAAGAACACCAAUGUAUACUUUUAAUCUCACCUCUCUACUUUGGUUGUUGUACUGUUGCACAAGAAAAAUGCUCCGACCAUCUGCAAAAAAAUGUUAAGUCACGCAAGUUCACCACAACCAAGCCGAUCCUAAAUAAGUGCAAUUCCUGCUGAAACCCUCCGCCAUCGCCCCACCCUGAAUGAAAAAAUAAAAGAAGUCUUUCUAGGUUACACUUUAUUGUACAGGGGUCUUGUGUAGACAUGUACAAUGCCUUAUGAGGUUCAACAUACUGUAAUAUUACUUGCUGGCAGUGGUAGUCAUCCAUUAGCAGUGUCAUGUAAACCUAUGUCAACUCAGGUCCUUCGAGACACAGCAUCGCAGUCAGUUUAGUAUCUGAAACAGUUACAACACUAUGUCAGCUGUAUGGUCAUGAAUAAGUUAUGAAUUCUAUAUGAAGAUUAUGGAUAUUUGGCCAUACAGUCAUUUCAGUUUCAGGCUACACUGCAAAAAUUCUCCAUCUUAAUAUGUCAUUUAAUCUUGUUUUUUCUUAAAACCUUGUUGAUGAUGAAAUCUCAAAAACAUGCCGUGAGAUCAUUUUUUAAUGCAUCUCCAUCUGAUUCAAGAGCUUUCAGGAUAUCCUCAAAUUUGAAGAAAAGAAAAAAAUAAACUGCAUUAGAAAUUAAUGAAAAUAGAUUUGUUAAGAUGGACAUUUUUACAGUGUCAGUAAGGUGUUUGCAUGUCUACAGGGAAUGUGUCAAGUGUUGCCACAUUUUGUACAGUACAAUACAGCAGAGUGUGUACAUAAAUAUAUUUUUGAGAUGUCAGAUCUCAUAGAAAGUUUAGUCUAUGGGGAUGGAUUGAUUUGACCUGGAUGUCUUGUACUUUUUUGUUUCUUUUUCUGUUUUCCUUUCAGCUGUUGAUUUUCUUCUUAGGAUGGAUUUUGUAAUGCUUGUUCUUGUUCUUUUUCUUGCUGUUUUAAAAAAAAAA